GAAGUGCCCAGCAUCAAAUUUGUAUUGCUCAGUCUGGUAGCUACCGAGUGUUGAUAUGAAUGGAUAUUUUUUCUGUAUCCUUCACCGCCCACUAUUCACAACCUCCCCCGGUAACACCCUUCUCAGUCUCCAUCCUCGCAGGGAAGAGCCAAACAGCGACACCAUCUUCCUCCGUACUCUCACUGAAACCUCUUCGUGACUCCCCUGACGGUUCCCGGCUCAUCCCUUAUUCAUCCUCAUCUACCAGCCCACGCCGCCCAACCCUUCACAAUCACCCAUCAACAACCUCCAAUACAAAGGUCUCUAAGCUCCCCAAGAAUCCCCUCAAGAAUCUCAUUAGUUCCAUUCCGCCCCCUCCGACUAUCCCAACCCCAUCACCACCCCCACCGUCGCCUCAAACCCUAUCUAGCAAGCUCCGGUUGUCUAGCAAACUUUUUCAGCCUCUGCCUCCACCACCACCUCAAGAAACAGUCAUUGACGAUGGUGACAAUGAAUUUGACUGGAGAUCUGGAAAUUCAGACUCCGCAGGAAUGGUACCUAGAGAUGAAUUUAGAGAGGAAGGUAAGAUCUUCGUGGGAAAUUUACCAUUGUGGGUCAAGAAGUGCGAGAUUGCAGAGUUCUUUAGGCAGUUUGGGCCUAUUAAAAACGUGAUUUUGAUAAAAGCUCACCAUGAAACUGACAAAAACAUGGGGUUUGGAUUUGUCAUAUAUGGAGGGCCCAUGGCCGAGAAGGCCGCAGCUAAAGCUGUGGAGUUUGACGGGGUUGAGUUUCAUGGGAGGGUGUUGACUGUGAAGCUCGAUGACGGAAGGAGAGUGAAAUCCAAAAGAGAGGAGAGAAUGAGAAUGGUGGAGGGAAAAGAUGAUGGAGAAGAGUACAAGUCCAAGUGGCAUGAAGAGAGGCAGGCUUCCAGGACAAAUUUGAGGAGAGUUAUAGAAUCGUAUCCUGAUAAUUGGCAAGCAGUGGUAAAAGCCUUUGAGAGAAUAAACAAGCCAUCCAGGAAGGAGUUCGGCUUGAUGGUGAAUUACUACGCUAGGCGUGGAGACAUGCAUCGUGCGAGAGAAAUGUUCGAGAAGAUGCGUGCCAGGGGAAUAAAGCCAACAUCUCAUGUAUAUACCAACCUGAUUCAUGCAUAUGCAGUGGGUAGAGACAUGGAUGAAGCACUGACGUGUGUGAAAAAAAUGAAAGAUGAAGGGCUUGAAAUGAGCUUGGUAACUUACAGUGUUAUCGUCAGUGGAUUUGCUAAAGUGGGCAAAGUCGAAGAUGCAGAGUGGUGGUUUCAAGGGGCCAAACAAGAGCAUAUGACCUUAAAUGCCAUCAUAUAUGGAAGCAUAAUAUAUGCUAAUUGCCAAACAGGUAAUAUGGAUAGAGCUGAAGAGUUGGUAAGAGAGAUGGAAGAAGAUGGAAUUGAUGCUCCAAUUGAUAUAUAUCACACAAUGAUGGAUGGUUAUACAAUUAGUGGGAAUGCUGAAAAAUGUCUGAUUGUGUUUGAUAGACUCAAGGAAUGUGGCUUUGCACCAUCAAUAGUCAGUUAUGGAUGCCUCAUUAAUUUGUAUGUGAAGUCCAAAAUGCUUUCUAAAGCAUUGGAAGUCAGUGAAAAGAUGAAAUUGGAUGGCAUAAGACAUAACAUGAAGACUUACUCUAUGUUGAUCAAUGGAUUCAUAAUUCUGAAGGACUGGGCCAACGCCUUUGCCAUUUUUGAAGAUCUGAUAAGGGAUGGUUUAAAACCGGAUCUUGUGCUUUACAAUAACAUCAUCAAAGCUUUCUGUGGGAUGGGAAACUUAGACCGUGCCAUCCGUAUGGUUGAUGAAAUGAAAAAACAGAGGCUUAAGCCUAGUUCAAGGACGUUUUUGCCCAUCAUUCAUGCUUUUGCAAAAGCUGGAGAUAUACGUAGAGCCCUCAACACUUUAGUGUUGAUGAGGAGGAAUGGUGUCACACCAACAGUCCACGUGUUUAAUUCUCUAAUUCUUGGCCUUGUUGGAAAGCUGCAGAUUGAGAAGGCUGUUGGCAUAUUGGAAGAGAUGUUGGUAGCUGGAAUUAGUCCUAAUGAACACACAUAUACAACAAUUAUGCAAGGCUAUGCAUCUGUUGGUGAUAUUGGAAAAGCUUUUCAGUAUUUCUCAAAACUAAAAUCUGAAGGUUUGGUGGUUGAUGUGUAUACGUAUGAGGCUUUGCUUAAGGCGUGUUGUAAAUCAGGGAGGAUGCAAAGCGCUUUAGCAGUGACUAAAGAAAUGAGUGCUAAUAACAUCCCAAGGAACACCUUUGUUUACAACAUCUUAGUUGAUGGGUGGGCGCGAAGAGGUGAUGUUUGGGAGGCCGCUGAUCUUAUGCAACAGAUGAGACAUGAAGGGGUUCAGCCUGAUAUCCAUACAUACACAUCUUUCAUUAGCGCUGCUUGCAAAGCCGGAGACAUGCAGAGAGCAGUGAGCACAAUCGAAGAAAUGAAAGCGGUGGGAGUGGAACCUAAUGUAAGAACGUAUACAACCCUAGUAAACGGGUGGGCCCGAGCUUCACUUCCGGAGAAGGCUUUGAGAUGUUUUGAAGAAAUGAAGAAUGCUGGAAUGAAGCCUGACAAAGCCACUUACCAUUGUUUGAUGACAUCACUUGUAUCGAGAGCUGCUGUCACCGAAGACUACAUCUUAACGGGCAUCUUAAAUGUUUGUGGGGAGAUGGUUGAGUCUGGCAUGACAGUUGAUAUGGGCACGGCCGUCCAUUGGUCCAAGUGCUUACGGAAGAUCGAGAGGGCAGGUGGCAGUAUAACAGAGUCCCUUCAAAAGACAUUUCCUCCCGACUGGAAUGCUCAUAAAACUCUCAUUGCAACUACGGUUGAUGUCAAUGACGAAGAUGAAGGUUCAGUUAACUGUGAAUAUGAUUAUGAUGAUGAUGCAUACCAAAGAUGAAAAGCUCCUAUGGAUCCAAAGAGAAUUUCUAGUACUCUUUUUAGUAAUAGAGUUCUUUUUUUUAUUUUAUUUUUCAUUUCCAAAAUUGGUACGAGAAUAUGUUUAAUGUCCAACUUUUUGGUAGAUAUAUGUAGUAGUAAAGCUGUUUGGUGUAAGGACUGGUGAUGCCAUUAGAUUUAAUAAAAAAUGUAUUGGAUUUUGUUGAGGAAGAAAAUUCUCUGAUGAAAUAGUAAAGAGAAUGGGGCCUUCUUUUUUGAUGUUAGGCACUCGACAUUUCUGA